AUGCCUCCCUCAAUUGAGGUACCGCCUAAUAAGAGGACCCAUACUGAUUUUCGAGAGGCGUUUGGAUCUCAAUUACCACCUAAAAAGACUCGACCGAAACGUGAAUACCUGGAUCCUUACAGCGCAGGUACUCAAAGCGGAACGAAGGCCCAGUCAGACGCAAAGAAGCACAAACCACUAUCUUCGGUUCCUAGCAGCCAAAGCACUGGCGAACAGGCACAGCCCAUGUACCAUUCCCUAGCUGCGUACCCCAGCGCUCAGCAGAAUACUCCAGACGUAUCAAAUCCGUCUGGUCACCAGAGCCCGCUUUCGUUGGGUACUACACAACAGACGUACGAUACCGCCGCACAAGUCGCGUCAACGUGUCUUCCAAGUUCUACGAACUCUGCUCACAGCAGCGCACCAAAUCCCUCCGAGCACCACAAUGCUCUUUCGUCGGGUACUUCACAACAGACGAACGACACAGCUCACGCAUUAGUUCCCGCUACUAAAAGCACGCAACAAGCCUCUUGCGAGGAUACAGACUCAACCAAGCGUCGCCGGUCUGUCAGUGUCAUGCCACCUCCGCUUGCUCUGAGGUUUUUCCGGGAACGCGCAUCGUUCCCAGAGCCAAGAAAAGUUGAUGCGACAUCGAACCAUUCCACCAGCACGCUCAAGAAAUUGAAAGUCGAGGGCAUGGUGGACGUUCCAGUAUUCGCGUUCAAGGAAGCGGAUAGAUUCGAUCGAUACAUCGAGGUCCUUGAGAACCGCCUAAGGGAAGACGACAUGCGACUCCGCCUUAGAGGUUAUCCCAACGCAUCAGACAACGAAGUUGAAGCCGCGUUUGCGAGACAAUUCGGACCUAUGAGUGAAUACGAUGUCAUAUCCGAUCCGUUCAUUGCCGUUCAUUCUGAAGGCGACUUGAUGAAUUGCUGGCGCAAUGGGCCGGUGAAAGCUGUGAGGUUCUCGGGAUACCAUUUGUUCGGUAUAGAUAUUAGGACCUACGAUCAACCUCCCCUGCCGAGGAGGGAAAGGUUGAAGAAUAAGGCGAAGACGGACUUCGCCACGAAAGUUGGUCCGAUUAUCCUGCACAUUACGGAAGGGAAGGGCCAUCG